AUUAAAAUGUUAUGGGUACCAAGUCACAUCGGUUUACAAAUUGAUAAAAUGUCCGUCCACUCGAUUAGCUCAGAGGAUAUAUCUACGGCCGUCGAAGCAAAAUGCUGUAGCGCAGAAGCUCGAAAUCCAGCAAUAAAGACGGGACGACGUUUGCAGCUUAUGCAGAUGAUAAUACUUCCAUUUAUACCAAUAUUGGCGUUGAUUGUGCAAACAUCAGUAACGCUGCAAGAAAUACUUGACUAUAAGGCAGAAGUCGCUGAUAUCGAAGCUCAGGUAACAAUUGCCACAGACUUAGGAAAAGUCGUUACACGCCUUCAGUUGGAACGAUCAGAAGUGGCAUUUUUUAUAUUCGCAAAUGGUAGCGAAGAACGAUCAAAUCUUACGCAACGUUUUACGGUAACUGAUCAGGCACUCAAUAAUAUGACUACAUGGAGUGAGGUAAGCGUACCGACUUCUCCCGAUGAUGAUGACGAGGAAGUGCUUCUUAAUCGAACUGAGUUCCAAAAUCGUCUAAAUGAAUUCAGAGAGCGAAUACUUUCCGAACCAGAAGACAAUUCAGUUACGGACGUUAUGAACUGGUAUACAUCGAUUAAUAAAGCUUUACUCCAUCACCUAUCAGAACAAAUUAAAGAGGCCGAUAACAGCGGUGUUUGGAGAUAUUUAGUGGGAUUUAAGAAUCUUCUUAAGAGCAUCGAAUGUCAAAAUAUUGCUUCUUCUUUUGGUAUCAAGUACUACGGGCGAGGCUUUUUAGGUUCGGACGCGUUUGUCUCUUAUAUACGUUACGAUUUUUUGGCACGUGAAUUAAUCAAUUCGACUCUUAAUUACGUGCCAUCAUUGAAGCCAAUGUACGCUAAUAUUACAAAAACAGCAAAAUAUAAAAAAAUGAAAAGAAUGAGUGCCAUUGUAUUGAAAAAUAAACCAAAUGUCGCAGAUAAACAGAACGCCAUGGAAUAUUACGAUUCAAUGCAUAAUUACACGGACGACUUAAGGAUAUUGCAAAAGGAUUUGCGUUACAAAAUUAAAGAAUACGUGGAUAGCACUCUUUACGAAGCAGCCAAUAAAGAAGCCAUUGGAAUUGCGAUCCUAGUUGUUGUUCUUUGCGUAUCACCGGUUAUUAUUAUUUUGGUAAAAAAUGCCGCAGCCACUAUUCAGAUGUACGCUUUGAAUUUAGCUCAGAAAGCUAAAGAACUGAAGCGUGAAAAACGUAAAAGCGAUUCAUUGCUCUUUCAAAUGUUACCUCCCAGCGUCGCCAUGCAAUUGAAGCAUACUCAACAGGUACCCGCUGAACUUUAUGAAUCGGUUACAAUCUAUUUUAGCGAUAUCGUUGGUUUCACAGAAAUCGCUGCAAGAUGCACGCCCUUAGAGGUGGUCACUUUUUUAAAUUCUAUUUAUCGAGUAUUUGAUGAACGAAUCGAAUGUUACGAUGUCUAUAAAGUGGAAACAAUUGGCGAUUCCUACAUGGUCGCAUCUGGAUUACCGGUGAAAAAUGGAAACAAACAUGUUUGCGAGAUUGCAACAAUGGCUCUUGAUUUGCUGGACGCUUCGACAUUCUUUAAAAUACCACGUUCAACGGAGUCCUUGCAAAUACGUUGUGGAGCACACACAGGGCCUGUGGUAGCGGGUAUUGUUGGUACUAAAAUGCCGCGAUAUUGCUUAUUUGGUGAUACGGUAAAUACGGCUUCACGUAUGGAAUCAACAGGUGAAGCACAUAAAAUUCAUAUUACCGAAGAAAUGAAUGAAUCCUUAAUGAGAAUAGGAGGCUUUAAAACAGAGCACCGAGGCCUUAUCGACGUAAAGGGCAAAGGACUAAUGAGCACUUAUUGGCUGACUUGUAAAGAUGGUCCUGUCAAAAUCCGUGAAGAGAUUUCUUGGUUUGCGGACAUGCAACCUGUCUUUUUAGAAAAUCUAAAAUUAGAUACUCCAUACAAAAGCAGUAAACAAAAAAAAUGA